AUUUUUAUGAGAAUUUCAGACUGAGUUUAUCGCUUGUAGUAUGAUUUGAUCUUCGAAUCUAUCAUAAUUAGAUUAAGAACAAAUUAUGUUUGUCAAAUAACGUAUUUAUUUAUUUUUUAAAAAUAAAAACAUUAUGAAAUCCUCCAUUUAUAGUUAUUUUCUCUGUAUUGUACAAAGUGUAAAUGUUAUUCUCUUAAAACCUUUUGGUAUUAUCUUUCUUUAUCAUACAAAGGUUUCUUUGAUUGCCGGCUAGUGUUAUCGUGUUUACAUAAGGUUAUUUAAUUUAAAAAUAAGUGGACAAAUCAGUUCCUUAUUGAAUUUAAAAACAUGGAGAAACCUAUUAAGUUCAUAAUCAUUACAGUGAGUGAUAGAUGCUCUUGUGGCCAAGCUGUAGAUGAAAGUGGGCCUAAUCUUGCCAAGGAAAUAUUAAAAAAGAAGUUAGGGAUUGUCCUUGAGAUAAAAUGCAUUCCUGAUGAACAAAAGAUUAUUGAGUUGGAGUUAGUUAAUGGGAGUUCAAGAGCAGAUAUUAUUUUAACUACUGGUGGAACUGGUUUUUCACCGAGGGAUGUUACUCCCGAGGCUACCAAAGCUGUUAUUGAAAGGGAAGUUCCUGGAUUUCCCUUAGCAAUGCUUUUAACAAGUAUUUCAAAAACACCAUAUGCAGUUUUGUCAAGGUCUAGUAGUGGCAUUAGAGAUAAUUGCCUUAUAGUGAAUUUACCUGGAAGUGUUAAAGGAAGUGUAGAAUGUUUUUCUACGAUUUCUCAAACAUUAAGGCAUGCGGUGCAAUUACUCCGAGGAAGAAAUGAUCAUGGUUCAUCGUUAACUAGUAAGAGCAAGGUAUCCACCAGUAAUGUUGCUGAUAGACCAAGGGAAUCAGAAUGGCCCAUGAUUCCAGUCGCAGAAUCACAAGAUAUAGUAAUGAGAAACAUCCUUGUCUCGACUAAAGAAGAAGUUCCAAUAAGUUUAAACCUCUUUGGCCGUGUAGUUGCUAGUGAUGUUUCAUCUGUUGAUCCUCUCCCACCUUUUAGGGCUUCGAUAAAAGAUGGCUAUGCAGUUCUUUCAAGUGAUGGGAAAGGAUCCAGAAAAGUUUUAAAAUCUUUAACUGCUGGCAUGUCGGCUGGUGGAGAUUUGGUUUUGUCUAAUGGUGAGUGCGUAAGAGUCAAUACAGGAGGGCCGUUACCGACCAAUGCAGAUGCUGUUGUACAGGUGGAAGAUACUAAGUUGUUGAAGUCAAGUAGUGAUGGUGAAGAAAUAGAGAUAGAAAUUACUACUGCUCCGAAACCUGGGCAAGACAUCAGACCUGUCGGAAAUGACAUUGGUUUGAAUGAAAUUGUUUUAAACAAAGGCGAUCCCAUAACUCCUAUAGAACUUGGACUUCUUGCAACGAUUGGUAUUACAAAUGUUCCAGUUUUCAGAUUACCAAAGGUGAGCGUACUGUCAACAGGAAAUGAAGUUGUCGAGCCAGGCGUAGAGCUGCGGCCAGGAAGUAUCAGAGACAGUAACCGGAUAACUCUCCUGUCACUGCUCCGCGGUCAUCAUUUUCCCACGUAUGAUCUUGGGAUUGCCAAGGAUGAGCCUGAUGAUUUACUUUCUCACCUUAUUAAAGGAUUAGAAUCAUCAGAUAUUAUUUUGACUACCGGCGGAGUUUCAAUGGGUGAAAGAGAUUAUCUAAAGGCAGUGAUUACUGAAGAUUUAAGGGCAACUAUCCAUUUUGCAAGGGUCAACAUGAAGCCAGGGAAGCCUACUACAUUUGCUACGUGCUGUUGGAAUGGUAAAAUGAAAAUGCUGUUUUGUCUUCCUGGAAAUCCUGCCUCUGCUACUGUAUCCUUCCACCUUUAUGUACUUCCUGCACUAAGGGCCAUUGCAGGAUUUCAAGAACCAUUUCCAAAAACUAUUACCGUGAGGCUUGGAUUUGAUAUUAAAAAAUUAGAUGUUAGACCUGAAUACAGAAGGGUUAUUCUGGAUUGGAACCAAUCAGACGGGAUACCAUUAGCAAAAACGACUGGUGAUCAAAUCAGCAGCAGGCUAAUGAGCUGGAGAGAGGCCAAUUGUUUACUUAUCUUGCCCUCGAAUACGGAAGUUAAAAGUGAAAUAAAAAAAGAUGAAUUAUUAAAAGGAUUGAUUGUUGGGCCCAUAUAAUCAAUAACCACAUUUCACAUUGUUAUAUUGAUAUUAUUAUUUUUAUUAUUGUUAUAUUGAAUAUGGCACGUAUAUAAAAUUAAUUUAAUUUAAAUUUUUGAAGUUUAGGCAUGUGAUGUUAUUUUCAAAUAUAAAGUUUCAUUUGAGCA